CAGGAAAACCCCCGGCCUACAAGACACCAGCACCAUAACUUCCGCCAUAUCCGACUACACUUCCAACACUACAGAACUUCCUAGUUAUAACAUUGAUGACUUGCGACAUAUUUGACGUCUACCCUCAGUAACAGAUCCAAGUAUUUCACCGCACGGAGAGAGGCGGCGUGGGCCAUCUCACUUACAUUUUCCAGAGCCCACGAUGUAGUGGCCAAGGCUGCUGAAAUGAAUAGUGGUAGCGAAGAAAGCCAGCUUCCUCCAAACGGCGCACCCGGACCGUUCACUUUGCCAUACCAUACAUACGACACGCAAACGCGACAGGACGAAUACCCGACCGAACAACGUGCGAGUCCAUCUGUCAAUACCUAUAUCACUUGCAACAAUAUGUCGCAGUCUCCCCUCGCAAACCAUGGUUCAACAGCACAAGCGCAGUUCAUGAAGAUCUGGUUAUCCCAUAGGUCACGCAUAUCUUCGUUACGAAGUACGAUAUUAGUUAUGCGAACAAACCUGAGAAAAGAGAGGUUGCAGUGUUGGCAUAAAGAGGAAAUGGAACAGAAACUUCUGGCACAGUGUAUGACCCAUCUCAACGAGGAUGCUGUCUACAAGAACAGUACUGAAAGCUGGGAUCGGUGGAUCAAAACAUUCGCAUUGCUCGAACGAUGCAGAGCUGAUCUGAUCUCUUCGCGGGAGCACACAGCAGCUUUGGAAGAUGCUCUGUCCAAUCGAGAAUACCAACUGGACCGCCUGGAAGAAACGAUCUAUUCCGAUGUCGACCAGUCACCAAAUCAGGAAUGGUCACACCAACCGGUACAAACUUCGUCAAGUUUUCUCCACACUGCUUUACCGAUCGACAACGAUCAUGAUCAAGACAUGGGUCUACUAGAAAAGCUCUAUAUGCGUAUGGGCGAUAUACGCAUAUAUCACGAGAGAUUGAGCAACUUCGAAUUUGACCUUCGCGAGCGUGCAGAAGAAAGAGAGCUCAUCCGCGCUGCAGGAACAGAUGAGCUUUCCACUGACGCGGUCUUCUUCAACCGAGCACGGAUGCAAAGAUCGAGGAUUCAAGAAGAGCACACGAAGGCACAUGGAGAUGUGCAUUCACUCAAACAAAAGUGUAUCGAACAAGGAAUCGAAUUUCAAGAACCAGAGUUCGCCAAGUCGAUGUACUGUACUUUGCUGGAGAGCACUACCCCGAGUUCUAGCUCAAUCCAGGCGCCGCCAAAUAUGGUUGGGGAUUAUUUCGCAUCCCAGGAGCGCGUUGAGACAUGGCUGGGGAAGCCGAUAGAGCCUGAGCUCCACGUAUCAGAGGAUGAUGGAGAGACAGAUCACCACGAAACUGGCAGGCAUCCGGCAUCUCCUGAUGUGGUAUGGAUAUCAGCAUCACGCCCAGGAAAGCAAUCAUUUUCAGAUACAAGCUUGCGCAGACGGAAUUCGGCCCCGUACAAUAUCUCGCAAUGGCGAAUGACUCCAUCGAUCGGCUCGCACUGGCCGGAAGCUACGCCUCGGGACACGGCUGCACCAGGCCUCGGAACAAAUCUGCCUCAAUCAGAAACCCGGAACCUCCCCAGAGCCAGGCAUUCCCUUGCGAUCUACGAAUGAUACUAUGGUCCGACGUAACACCAGCAAAUGGGACAGGAGGCAUUCAGACACGGUGAAGGUUACGCAGGCUCCCACAUGGCUGCACGCUUACUCUUC